AUGGCGAGAACUGUGCUGGGAGUCAGGCCAUCAGGACAUAGUGCUUGGCUCCCGGGGAAGGUAACGACACCCUCCCCCAGAGCCGCGAGUUCUCUUUCUGUGGCUGCCGGUUUGGGAUCUUGCGGGCCGCUCCACCGUGUGCCGUCUCAUUCCCUCGCUCAUCUGCGUCUACUCAGCGGUAACACAGAGCACUGCCCUGGCCCGACCCGAAUUAACCUCACCACCCUCCUCUACGCUGUCCCCCCCCAGGGAACAUUCGCCUCCCAGGUGACGCUGGAGGGGGACAAGGUGAAAGUGGAGCGGGAGGUGGACGGGGGCCUGGAGACCGUGCGCCUGAAGCUGCCUGCCGUGGUGACCGCCGAUCUGAGGCUCAACGAGCCCCGCUACGCCACGCUGCCCAACAUCAUGAAAGCCAAAAAGAAGAAGAUCGAAGUGAUCAAGGCUGGGGACCUGGGCGUGGACCUGACCUCCAAGCUCUCCGUGCUCAGCGUGGAGGACCCGCCCCAGCGCACGGCCGGCACCAAGGUGGAGACCACCGAGGACCUGGUGGCCAAGCUGAGGGAGAUUGGGCGGAUCUGAGCCCUCCCUGAAACUCAGCAAUAAAACCGACUCUCGAUAUC